AUGGCACUCGUGUCCCUGUCCUGGUGUCUCAGUGCAGCUUUGGCACUGCUUUGGAGCACUUCAUGGCCCCAGGCUCACUCAGCCUUGGCGCCUGAGAAUGAGGUGCCACUUCGCCCUACUACAUGGUUACCAGAGGGGAAGAUCACCUCUGUAACUCUCCCCAAAGGACGAACUCGCAGGCUAUACUUCACACUGAAGAAGAAGGCUCCUGCGAUGUCCGUGACUGUCAGCCCAUGUGACCUCCCCAUCGAGUGGAGCUUGGCUGCCCGUACCAUGAAGGAUAAACCGCUAAAGAGCCUGCAGUGGAGUUCCAAAAAGAGCACACCUGAGGUGUGGUGGAAAGGUCCUGGGACUGAGGUGAAAAUACACAGCUUUACCGGCAAUGUAGUGGACACAUACAGGGGUCCUUCCAAUCCCCAUGCCUCCAUCUACAUCCUGAGGGUGCGAUCCAAACAGCAGAACACCAGAGUUACCAUGUACCUCCAUGAAGGCCUGGGGACCUCAGGUGCCUUCCCUCUCGUCCCAGCUGACCCUCGAGUGCACACACUAGGUGUAGGAAUGACAAGUGUCACCCUCAGCUGGGCACCCAGUGCUUCGCUAACCAGCCUCCCACACACACAGAAAAAUUAUGAUUAUUGUGUCCUUGUCAACUCUCAGCAAAAUUACAAUAGCCUCUGUGCUGCCAGAGAGAGCAUGAGGAAGGAGAAAGCUCAGAACCAAGAACAGAAGGAGAGGACGAGGAGAGUCACAGUGUGGCCAAUUUUGAAAGAAUGGUGGUGGCAGCAGUGGGACACUUUUCCUGAGACCCAAAGUCCAUCUACUUCCCUCAGCGAUGAGUAUGCUGAUCUCCAGUGUGUGUGUCAGGGGACAGAGAGUGUUUGCACUGUCUCUGAGCUCCUUCCUGACACCCAGUAUUAUUUUGAUGUCUUUGUGAUUGACAGGCUAAAUGGGACCAGCAUGGCCUACAAAGGGGCUGUUGCUAGUACGCACGAGGAGGCUCGACCAGCGAUCACCACACUCAGAGAGGGGGAGCUAAGGUGGGUUACCUUCCACGACAAAGCGUCCAAUUCAGAGCAGUUCUUCAAUUUCAAUCCGCGAGGCUGGCAGCAGAGUGGUCUCCUCACACUGCAGAGCUGCGGUGGAGAUGAAAAAAUCAAGGUCACAGUGUCCAGUAAAGGUCAAGUUUUGACAUCCCAGGCUGUGGGAGGAGAUUUAGUGCAGAUCUGGCUCCAGGGAAGUCCUUCUUAUUUAAUCCACUUGGAGAGAGAAGGAACCAUCCCAGGGAAGAGCUCUCCUGUUGCACAUCCAGCUUUACCAGGAGGUCUGAUGGCUUCAGUCAAAAUUCAGACAUCUUCAGCCUACCACCGCAGAGGUGUCCCGUCAUUGCCACCCACCUUGCAGAUAAAAUCCUUCAACCGGUUGCGUGGAUGCAACAGUGUCACCCUGGCAUGGAUGGGCACAGAGGAAAGGAGCUUGUACUGUGUGUACCGCCGAAAGCUAGGAAAAAGUGAAGCAGAUGCUGGGGGAGUAUCAGCUCUAACUGCACCCUGUCUGGGGCCAGAGUCCCGUUCUGACACCGAGAGAGUUCUCUGCAAGUAUUUCCAGGAGCUGAAUCCUCGGCGGGCCGUCACUACAGCUGUGAUCGGGGGCCUGGAGCCAGGGAUGGCCUAUGUGUUUGAUGUCUAUCUAAUGAGACGCUGGGGGAUCCCUAUCAAGUAUGCCAGCAAGAUGGUGAAGACCAGAAAGGAAUGCUGA